AUGAAGUCAUUCUUUUAUCUUGAGGAACCAAAGGCCUUCUUCCAGUCGCUCGCCCAGAACCAAGUUCUUCAAAGAUUGGAACUAUUCCUAUUCAAUCAAACUGGAUUCAAUGAUUACAAGGAGUACUUUUUCGACUACCUGCAGGGCAACAGCUCCCUGAACACACUGGCACUGGGAUUCAUCAGAAACCCAACAUAUCUCAACAUCAUCGCCUCCAAGCACAACAUCAAACGUCUUCAGAUCUCGAUGAAUGAGCACAUGGAUUUCCCAGCCGUCAGAUCAUUGGUAUUGUCCUCCAGAGAGGACAGCAAUGUCUACUCCCAACUGGUGGCCAUCAAAGAGAAUCACGGAAAAAUACGUUGUGGACUGGAAUCACUUACACUCAAGUUCUAUCAAUCGUUCCACACAUCAUAUAUCAAAAUCAUUGAGAACCUGCCAUCUCUCUGUAUUAUCAUUGACACCCUCAGGUACCUUCGUAUUGAGCUGCCACCAUAUCACAGUCAUAUAGACAACUACGACAAACUCUUUUGGAACUUUGGUCAGUUCUCAAGAGGCACAUUGGAAUGCCUGCACCUUGUGGCCACAGAAGAGUAUUUUAACUUUGAUUUCCUCAUUGCAUCUGUCCAAUAUGUACCGACGUCUUCAAACGAUGGGCCAGGCGCUGGUUCUCUCAAAAUGAUCAUAAUUGACAUUUAUGAUGGCAACCUCCUCAGAAGAACACCUCCAGAUUUUGGAAGCUACAGUUUGGUCGAUAGCUCGAUCCAUUAUUGCAAGACUGAUACCAGUACUUACUUCACGCGAUUGAAACUGUUGACCAAUCUGCAACAGGAGACUCCAUUAUCCAUGCCAUUGCUAGAUGAAAAUGAUGAGAUAUUCUGGGAUGGAAACGAGAUAUUUCUAAACGAAUUGGAAUCAGAUAACCACCAGUUCCAAGCUGGAGAGCGCUACGUCUACGAGCAUGAGGACGAGUUUGAAGAAUUGGAAUCAUAUGGUUGUGUGUUUUCAGAUUAA